AUGAAGAACGAACGCAUUGUCGGACGAGCGCUUGCGGAAGUCUUGCCUGAGACCGACAAGUGGUGGUUCCAGAUCCCGCACUUGCUCCAACUCAAUCUCAUCCUCCUUGUGCCGUUGAUGUGGAGUUCAGUCGCCGGAUACGAUGGAUCGCUCAUGAAUGGAUUGCAGUCUCUGGAGCAGUGGAAGUCUUACUUCGGCAACCCAGCGGGAGCUCUUUUGGGACUGGUCAAUGCUGCUCAAUCCAUCGGCUCCGUCCUCGCUCUCCCCAUCGUCGGAACGUUCUCAGACAGAUAUGGCCGUAAAGCAGUCCUCCUAGCAGGAAUCCUCGGUGUGAUGAUCGCCACAGUCAUCCAGGCCACCUCAACCACGCUGGCCCAAUUCGUCGUAUCCCGCCUGGUCGUGGGUGCUGCGGGCAUGUUCGCAGCCCAGCCGAGUCCUCUUCUGCUAGCAGAGCUGUCGUAUCCAACUCAUCGUGGCAAGUACACUUCGGCGUACUGGACGCUCUACUAUCUGGGGGCGAUCCUGGCAUCGUGGACGACCUUCGGCACACAAGGCUAUCAGUCAACCUGGUCUUGGCGAAUCCCUUCGAUCCUUCAAGCAGGUUGGCCUGCCGUCCAGCUCGCAUUCUUCUAUUUUCUUCCUGAAUCGCCGAGAUGGCUGGUCUCAAAAGAUAGGAACCAAGAAGCUCUCCAUAUCCUCGCCAAGUACCAUGCCGGUGGCGAUGUGCAAAGUCCAUUGGUGGUUCGAGAGAUGAGCGAGAUCGUGGAUACAAUCAAAGUGGAACAGGCUGCCAAGUCGACGGGCUGGGGCACCUUGAUCAAGACUCCCGGAAAUCGAAGGAGACUGUUCAUUGCUGUUUCUCUCGGCACCAUGGCCCAGUGGAAUGGCAUCGGCGUAGUCUCGUAUUACCUGACCCUCGUCCUUGACACGGUCGGCAUCACAGACCCGUUCAUGCAAACGUUGAUCAACGGUCUGCUACAAAUCUUCAACUUCAUCGUCGCCCUGACAGCAGCAUUCCUGGUAGAUCGCCUUGGUCGAAGAACGCUCUUCAACUUCUCGGGUGUCGUCAUGUUGCUCUCGUAUAUCGUGUGGACCGCUUGCUCAGCAGUCAACAACGAGACCGGCUCGACGCCGGCCGGUAUCGUUGUCAUCGUCUGUCUGUUCGUCUUUUAUCUCGGCUACGACUGCAGCUUCACGCCGCUUCUCAUCUCGUAUCCGACAGAGAUAUUCCCAUUCUCCACAAGAUCCAAAGGCCUGACCUGUGAAUUGCUAGCGAUCUACAGUUCCCUGGUGAUCGCAGCCUUUGUGAACCCCAUCGGCCUCGAGAACAUCGGCUGGCGGUACUACAUCGUCUUCUGCUGUCUUUUGGUCGUAUUCCUCGCAAUCACAUAUUUCACAUACCCCGAGACUCGAGGCUACUCCCUGGAGCAAAUCGCCGAAGUAUUCGAUGGCCCACAGGCCGCACGAGACAUCGCAGAUCCAGAGAGGAAGCUGAGCAAGAGUGGCUACGAGGAGCACAUCGAAGAGCGUGUUGAGUCUGCAUAG